AUGGUCGCUAUUCCUGGAGGAGUGUUCACAAUGGGCACUGAUGAGCCUGAAAUACGGCAAGAUGGAGAAUGGCCUGCUAGAAGAGUCCACGUUAACAGUUUCUACAUGGAUCAGUACGAGGUCAGCAAUGAGGAGUUUGAGAGAUUCGUGAAUUCUACUGCCUAUGUUACUGAGGCAGAGAAAUUUGGCGAUUCCUUUGUGUUUGAGGGAAUGCUGAGUGAAGAAGUGAAGGCUGACAUCCACCAGGCAGUUGCAGCUGCUCCCUGGUGGUUGCCUGUGAAGGGGGCCAACUGGAAGCACCCUGAGGGUCCCGACUCUACUAUCUCCAACAGAAUGGAUCAUCCAGUUAUUCAUGUUUCCUGGAAUGAUGCUGUGGCAUUCUGCACAUGGGCAGGGAAACGAUUGCCAACUGAGGCUGAGUGGGAAUACAGCUGUCGAGGGGGCCUUGAAAAUAGACUUUUCCCAUGGGGCAAUAAGCUUCAGCCAAAAGGUCAACAUUAUGCCAAUAUCUGGCAGGGAGUAUUCCCAACUCAUAACACUGCGGAAGAUGGAUACAGAGGAACUGCGCCUGUCACUGCAUUUCCUCCCAAUGGAUAUGGCUUGUACAACAUUGUAGGAAAUGCCUGGGAAUGGACGUCUGACUGGUGGGCUGUGCAUCAUUCAACAGAUGAAGUUCACAACCCUAAAGGGCCCUCAUCAGGGACGGACAGAGUGAAGAAGGGUGGAUCCUAUAUGUGCCAUAAGUCCUACUGCUAUAGGUAUCGCUGUGCGGCCCGUAGCCAAAACACUCCGGACAGCUCUGCUUCAAAUCUGGGAUUCCGCUGCGCAGCAGACACCUUGCCGGAGCGCCCAUGACCAAGUGGGCUGUCGUACCAAGAUGGAAAGGGCUGAAUUUCACCCAACGAAGAGGAGGUGUGUGGAGUGUCACUGGCUGAUGACACAGAAUAGAAAAAUCUAGCGCUUUAAACUUCCUAUUGGGGGAAAAAAUCCAACACUACUCAACAUUGCUUGAAGAACCUUCCUGUAGUUAUCUUUGAGGAAGCCAGCCUGGACUUUUAUCCUGCCCAGACAUUUUAUCAGUUAAUUCUGUUGGCUUUAGUUAAGAGUAUUCUGGGGUUAACUAGCACAAAACUGAGCUGAAACAUGCCGGUUGUGUUUUAAAAGGUUAACUAAUAGCUCCUUUAGAAAACAUCUUUAUUAAAUAGUUUUAUUUAUGUGUAGUUUUAAUUUCUACACUCAAAUCGAACAAACAAGGAAUUUAUAAACUUCCAGACAGCUUUAAAAGAAAAUUGAAGGAGUUAGGAAGGGGUGAGGACUGGAAGACAGACAGCUCUCCACGCGGGCAGUUAGAGCAGCCCUUGUAUUGCAUUCCUGUUGCAAUGAAAAUUGGGUCCAGAAAUGUGCUUUUUCUGGUGAGAUACUUGCUCCUCUUUAGAAAGUGCCUUUUGCAGCUGAGGGACAAUAAUCCUCAGGGUGAUGAUGAUUAGAAAUGAUGUACAUACUUGAAUAAUCAAUUUCAAGCAGUCUUUUAUGAUGAAGACUUUUAUUGAUGGAAAAACACUGGCAAUUUCCUUUGACUUUCUCGUGGACAUGGUGUAGGCUUAUUUUGGGGACUUGCAAAUUGCAAAAAUGGCAUCAUUAGAAACUGAAGCUAACAAAUAAUUCCCCUUGAAUAAAAGUUUAUUAAAGUGAAGAGAUGGCAGAGGUAACUGUGAGCCCUAAGGCCUAAUAAGGUAAAUUUUGAAACUGUUCUGUUAUAUAAAAAAAAAAAAAAUCCCACUUAAAAGGAGAGGAAUUUUAGGAGGGAGGAAGGGAAAUGGGAAUAAUGAGAGCUACCUCAUUUUUGGGAUCUGAAUGUAUUUCAGAGCUUGCACAAAGUGUUUUGCACUGUUGCUUGCUCUGGGACAGGGUAUCUGGUCAUGCUUCCGUGCCAGGCCAUUGCUUGCUGUACACGGAGACCAAACAAGAACUCGCCUGCGCAGUGAGCUCCGCACCAGCACGGCCAUCCCUUCCAACAUGUCGCAGUCAGCUGCGCUGCUGCCCUCUAACCGGCCUCCGAACUGCCUGCCUGUAAAACAGGGAUUGAACUCGACUGUCUCCUCAGCUGCUUUGAGACCUAACAGUGAAAAAUGUGGUGGAUUAGCAAAGGUUUUUGCAUUGAUGCCAGUCUUUUCCAGCAUUGUCUUUUCUGUAGUAAGUUGGGUUGGGGUUUAAUACAACCUGGGGUUAAUACAAACCUGUUGCUUGCCAGCUCCUCCUCUGCUCCGUGUUUCAUGCUGAAGGAAGAUACUGAAGAAUGCCUGGGGAGCCCUUCAACAGCCCCCAGCCGGGCUAAAGGGAAUUCUGCAAGCAGAAAAAAAUAAUUCCAGAAUACAGCACUAUGACUUGGCGUUCACAUAAGCAGGAUAAAAGCUGUGGGAAAUGUUUUUGUGUAGUAAAGACUGCCUUACCAGCAUUAAAUGUUUAAUUAAACUCUAUGCAUUAAAAACAUCUAUUUUACUAAGGGUCAUAGGGAAAGGUUCUUUCUAUCUUUAUUUCUAUAUUUCUGCCACAAGAAGGAAUAUACUUUGUAAAAGAUUUUGCCUAGA